ACAAGCAGUGCCUUACUGCUGGCUGGCUGCAGUGUGUGUCGUGUUCUGGGCAGCCUGCACGGAUCUCUCCAUUCAUCAACACACACGUUAUGGCCACAGCCACCAGCACUAAAAGCAGCAGCAAUGGGAUGAUGAUGGGGGGUCCCUCCAUGCAGUCUCCAGGUGCUCACAGUGUUGAUCAUGCUAGGAGACAGCACCGCAUGGACCCUCGCAGGAGGCAGGCUGCCCUCUCUUUCCUCACCAAUAUCUCCCUGGAUGGGCGAACCCUGCAGGAUAAUGGGGGAGUCGGAGAGGGGGGUGGAAGUGCAACAUGCAGAACUCGACAAAGUCAGCAUCCUACCCAUAAGGGUGGCAAUCCCAGUUCUCCCCUCAAUGGAACAUUAUUUGCAACACCUCUGCACCACGCCAAUGUCCAGCAUAUGCGGGCAUGCUGGGCCUCCCCAGUGGGGUCAGCUCCCUGGGCUCUGGCCGCUAGGCAGGACAGCAUAGAUCACGAGACCCAUUACAGAAGCCAAGAGGUGAGAGAGGAUGUGGAGGAAGAUGAUGAAGAAGAAGAUGAUGCCUUUUUUGUAGCUACAGGCGGUGGGGUAUCUGGCCUAGCCAUGUGUUCUGGGAGCAGAAGUCGUCUGAAUUCUCUGACCUCUGCAAUUCUAUCCCCAGCAUUCAGGACUUCAGCAACCCCAAACUUUUGCCCUGAUCAAAUUCAGGGAACAGCCAGCAGUGCCUUCGACAUUCCCAGGUCACGGAGACGACUCAUCUCCCAGCGAUCAUCUUUAGAAACACUUGAAGACAUUGAAGAAAAUGCUCCUUUACGGAGAUGCCGGACUCUUUCCGGAUCACCCAGACCAAAGAGUUUUAAAAAGAUUCAUUUUAUCAAGAGCAUGAGGCAACACGACACCAGAAAUGGCAGGAUAGUCUUAAUAAGUGGAAGGAGGUCGUUCUGUAGCAUAUUUUCUGUGCUGCCAUAUCGGGACUGUGCCCAUGUUGGGGACGUGAAGCUUGAAGGUACUAGACAGCGCCAUUCCUCUGGUGGGAUAGGGGCACGAGAGAUGAUUCUUGGCCUAGAAGGAGUGGAACUUGGUGCUGAUGGAAAGACCGUAUCAUACACCCAGUUUUUGUACCCAACCAACGCCCUGGCAGCUCGCAGGAACACAAUAGAUUCCACUUGCUCCUUCACUCAAGGGCGCAACGCAAAUCACCGCAACCUCACCCUGGGCAGAGCCAACAGUAUCCAAGGCAGCGUUGAUACAGGCAGUGAUAUAGGAGACUUUAUUGAAUAUGAUCCAAAUAUUCUGGAUGACCCGCAGUGGCCAUGUGGAAAGCACAAACGGGUUUUAAUAUUCCCUUCUUAUAUGACCACUGUCAUAGGGUAUGUAAAACCCUCUGACCUCAAAAAAGAUAUGAACGAAACAUUCAAGGAUAAGUUUCCCCAUAUCAAGCUGACCCUGAGCAAAAUUAGAAGCUUGAAACGUGACAUUCGGAAGUUAGCCCAGGAUGAAUGUGGCUUUGAGGAACCUACGGUAGCUAUGGCUUUUGUCUAUUUUGAGAAACUUGCUUUGAAGGGGAAGUUAAACAAGCAGAACAGAAAACUCUGUGCUGGGGCCUGCAUCUUGCUAGCUGCCAAAAUUGGCAGUGACCUCCGGAAACAUGAAGUUAAACACCUCAUUGAUAAAUUGGAAGAAAAGUUCCGUCUGAACAGGCGUGAGUUGAUGGCCUUUGAGUUUCCUGUCCUUGUUGCGCUGGAGUUUGCCCUUCACCUGCCGGAGCGUGAAGUGGUGCCUCACUACAGACGCUUAAUCCAAAACUCCUAGCACAGGCUACACUUUACAUGUAAAUUGGAUUACUGCGCUGCAGCUGAUACUGGAAAUGCAAAAAAUAACAAUGAAACCAAUGGUUUUGAUGAUGUGCCACCAUGGUAUUUUUUUACAGCAACAGAUUAGUAACACUAUAUUGCAAAUUACUACUAAAAAAAAAGACAAUUUAUGAGCAGACCUCAGACUUGAAUAGCAAGCAGAUCUUCUGACAUUGCAAUGCUUUUUUUUUUUUU